CCUGCGCCUUUAAAUCAUCUUUAUAACACCAACACUGAUCUGCACCGUAAUAAAAUCAUGUGAAUGUCAGAAAUGUUCUUGUGUUUGAUGGGCGGGAGGUCUGCUCUGUGACGGGCUAAUCCCUUCUCGCCUGCGUAACGAGAAGUGGUGCCAAGAGCACGGAUCAAAACCAGACCUCCAUCUGUCCGACAGACACAGUUCGUUCUGACGAGAGCGCGGCGACGCAUCGCUUUUUACGCACGGCACGGCCGCGGAGUGACACCACGGUCCGAGCUGCUCUCUGUCACGGUGUGACGGUUUAACGGGUAACACGCGGCUCGGUCCAGGUUUUGACUUUUAUUAAGAUCGAUGCAGACUUUCCCCGGACAUGCAGACUUUAUUCAUCUCUCGCUUCGUUCGUGCGUAAAACCUGCUCGGUGCGUCAGGAAGCGACAGAACGACUGAGCCGUUUUCUCUCGGAUAUUUGAGCUAAAACAAGAAGAUGGAGAACUUUACGACGGUUCCAGAGCUCAACAACACUUUGGGGAAUUGGACGGACUACAGUAUCCAGUACAAAGUCAUAAGCAGUUCGCUGCUUUUCCUGAUUUGCGCUUUGGGACUCGUUGGCAACGUUAUGGUCAUCCUGGUGGUGCUCACCACCAAACACAUGAGGACUCCAACCAACUGCUACCUGGUGAGUCUGGCUGUGGCUGACCUGAUGGUGCUCACAGCCGCUGGGUUACCGUCCAUCACGGACAGUAUCUUUGGGUCUUGGGUGUUUGGUCACUACGGGUGCCUGUGCAUCACCUACUUUCAGUACCUCGGGAUCAACGCCUCGUCUUGCUCCAUAACAGCGUUCACCAUUGAGAGAUACAUCGCCAUCUGUCACCCGAUCAAAGCUCAGUUCCUGUGCACCCUGUCCAGAGCAAAGAAGAUCAUUCUGUUCGUUUGGGCUUUUACUUCUCUUUACUGCGUGAUGUGGUUCUACCUGUCAGACAUCCAGGAGCUGGUGUACGACAACGACAUCACCAUCAUCACCUGCGGCUACAGGGUCCCCAGGAAGUUUUAUCUCCCCAUUUACUUCUUUGAUUUCGGCGUCUUCUUCGUGUUGCCCCUGCUGCUCUCUGCGGUCCUGUACGGACUCAUCGGCAGGAUCCUUUUCCUCAACCCGCUGCCCUCCGACCCCAAAGACAAGAAGAGGAAGAACGGACAGAACAACCACAACGUCAACGACAGAACCAGCUGCAAAAACUCCCGCCACUCCAGCUCCACCGCGACCUCCCGCAGACAGGUGACCAAGAUGUUGGCCGUGGUGGUGAUCCUGUUCGCCACACUCUGGAUGCCGUACCGCACUCUCGUGGUGGUCAACUCCUUCCUGGACCAGCCCUACCUGGACAGCUGGUUCCUGCUUUUCUGCCGGAUCUGCAUCUACCUCAACAGCGCAAUCAACCCGGUCAUCUACAACGCCAUGUCUCAGAAGUUUCGCGCCGCUUUCCGCAAGAUCUGCCGCUGUGGGAGGAAAAGCUCAGACAAGCCGGCCACCUACAGCGUGGCCCUCACGUACAGCGCGGUCAAAGACACGUCCAUGGUGGAGAGCACCGAUCACUUCACAACAGAGCUGGAGGAGCUCACCGUCACCGACGAGCUGCUGUCUGAUCAGAAGAUGAUGUUCCCGGACCCUUGUGUUUACGGGAAGGUGAAUUUCAGCGAUGCGUGAGACGCUGAGUGUCAAUAGAGGGUUAAAGAGUUUGAACAUGUUAUUUAAUGGAGGCUGUUAAGUGGGGAUAUUGUUUCCUGAGUGCCUGCUGACCUUUUUCCAAGCCAGCCGGCUGUAGAUAGAGAUGUAAACACAGACGGCCACUGAUGCGUAAUGACAGUCUUUAAGGCACAAAGCCAAACAACACUUCACCGAGAAUGAUACUGGACAAUGUACGGAAACAAACACGGACAGAUAAGCACUCUUUCAUUGCACAGCUCUUAUCUUAUCUCAGACCUACCCACGUAAUAAACUGCGCACGAGUCAAUAAAACAUGAAUGUGAACAAAAACACUCUGACAACUCCAGCACAGUCCAGAACAAUCUCAGUUCUGAUCUUUAAAGCCGCACAGGGCAGCACGGCACAGACGAGGUGACUGUCUGACCCAGUGUGAACUCCAAUACCCAGAAAUCCUGCAACACGAGAGUGGGCAAACAACACAGCCGGGCUUUAAUACCAAAGGAAACCAAAGAGACGACAGCAGCAUGUCCGGCUCGAGUCUUUCUGCUUUCAUUCAUCAGUGAAGUGACUGCACUGUACAUAAGACACAGCUUCAACAGACUUUGGGAUAUAAGACGAGAAAAAGAGAUUUUUUUUUCACCCACUCUGUGCAGCUUUUAUAAUUGCAUGCCAUCCAGGCCCGGCGGUCCAUUAAAGGACACCUGAACCUUCACGGACAAAACAGGCCCUAUUUUUAUUGUGAAGGACGCGAAUACGACCUCGAGCACAAUGUGGAGCCUGAGGCAGACUGAGCCGAGUGUGCUCCGGAGGCCGGAGUUAAGCCUUUACAGUGUAAGGUCUCGAUUGAUAUGAAAUGUGAAGUGUUGUGAGGAUAUAACAGUACAUAACACACUUUGUAACUUCAAUUCGAAAAUGUGCCAUAAUGAAGUUUAUGAUGUGUUGUUGUAGCUUCCACAGCAUCACCCUGCUUCUAAUAAGGCAUCAUUUAUUAUAAGUUAACUCACUUUAUCUACAAGCACAGGCAGGAAAUCAUUUCACUGCGCUUACAGAUCAGUGAUAACAAACACAAGAGGGAUUCCUGGGAAAUGAUGCAUGUAUAAUAUAAUGUUGUGUUACUAACAUUGAUAUCAGUCGUUGAACAGGUGUGUUAAUGCCAGAACAGCUGCUGUGAGUCCACAUAUGGAUGUGAUAUCUCUUAAACUGAAGACAAACAUCAGGGUAACUGUAUCACAGCAACCGCCGCGAGUCGCCACCGAUUGGUUAAAUUCACUGCUCUCUGAGCCUGUAACCACACCCACCUGUGAUGUCACAGCGUACUGAGUUGAGUUGCAUUAAUCAAUGAGUGUAUUAUUCCACUCAUUAACAAAGAAUGUCAAACCUUCAUCAGCCAGCUCUCUAAUAGUCUGUUAAUAAACUUUAUCAAAUAUGCCUUAUUAGACGACGGUACCUCCCUCACAGCAGCAGCAGCGCUCAGUGUUUUACAGUGUGAAGUGUAUAUAGUGCUACAGAGAUUUAGAGAAUAUGAAUAUGUAGAAUAUGUUGGUAUAGAAGUUCCAUCCAUCCGUUCGCAGUGAAGUGGAUGUUUUGGUCCGUGCUUCGUGUCAUGUGAUCUGUGGGUUCAUCAAACCAUCGCCUGGCUCUCGUCUUGCUUCUUAACCGUGAACGCCGUCGGCGAAUGUGGCCAGACGGACGCGUGAUGUCGAGAUAUUCUGACGUUUUGUGGCGUUUUCUGCCGGAUCAGUGACUGGUUGUGAAUUUCUGAACACAGUCGACCACACAGGGUGAUAUAACUGGGCAGCAGCAGAGGAGGAGGAGGAGGAGGAUGAAGCUCUCCCUCUCAGAGUUUCAUUCAUAUCUGUAUGUGAGAAAUGUCACAGCUAGUUUGUGUUUAAUGAAUAUAGCAGUGCUGUAUCGGCCUUGAGUAUCAGUAGAUUCAUGCGCUCGUGUCUGUUCUCUGUGUAUUUAAAGUGAUUAUUUAUUGUAACUCUUCUGUUUGUGAAGUGGAAAAGAGAAGUUAUCUUUAUAUUUUUAUGCCACACUUGGUUAUUUUGUGACGUACACUUUGGAAACAGCCGCCGCCGUCUUGCUUUCUAGAAUAACGUGAACCUGUGAGUGUGUUUGAUGGCUACAUUUUAUCUUUCUGUUCCAAAUAAAGUUGUUCCUGGAGUUAUG